UUUUUUUUUUAUCGAAGCAAACUAAUAAGCAAGCAACUAAGAAAGAUAGAAAGAAAACCAAAAUCGAAAUGCACAAAUUGCUGUGAGAAUGUGUUAUCGCUUGAAAUGAAAGUUAAACAAUUAUUUUCCAAGUAUGAAUCUGUCGAAUCGAAUAUCCUAAUGCAACAACAAAUAAAAAGAAUAAAAGAAACGAAAGAGAGGAAAAAAAAUCAUUGAAUUUGUGACGUAUAGUCUGCAUAUGAUUACGUGAUUACUUACAAGUGAAUUCUUAUCGUAUGUUUGUGAUGUGUGUGAUGUAAAGUGAAUGAAAAACUUAAGUAUGAAUAAUGCGACAACAAUAGUGAAACAAAGCAGCACCACACCAAUUUACCUCUGAUAUUUUUGAAUCUACGGAUAUAUCGUUUAAUUUGGUUUUUCCUUUUUCUUUCAACACACAGACAAACACAAAAAACGAUUUAAAAAAAUUGAACGAAGACCAAUUAGAUUUCAAUUCCAAACGAAUUUCUCCUUGUAGUUGCUCGAUGAAUUUCGAAUGCAAAUUUAGUGCUAGUCAAUUGAAGUGAUUUGAAAUGAAUUUAUGGUGGUAUUUUUAUUUCAGUGCAUUAAAUAUCGAAUGAAUGCCGCAAAACAGCCCAAAAAUGAUAAUUAUAAGGAUUGACCGUGGGUGAAUAUAAAUGGCGUCUUGAAACCGCAUACACACUUUUUUCUCAUUAAAAUACAACAAAAAUCGAAUAAAAACAUAAAACUGAAUAAAGAGACAAAAACUAAAAGUCCAGACGAAUAAGGGAAACGACAUAGAAGCGAGAGAAAGGGAACAAGAAAAUAAUAAUAAAAAAACACUAAAAUUACAAGAGGCAUUGUUUUACGUGCAUCAAACUUAAACACGGCUAUGGGAGCACAACAAGUUAAAGAAGGAAGAGGUGCAAGUAGUUGCAAUCCCAUUAAUACUGGACUAAAUGCAAACAUUGGCGCAAAUAAUACCAAUUUGUCGGUGGCGAAUUGCUCAGCAACGAACAAUUCGGUGUCGGGUAGUGGUGGCACGUUUGGAGCUGGUUCUUCGUUGCGUGCAAGUCGCAUCAACAAAUCAAGAGUACCAAAGGAGUCAAAGAAUACCGUUUUAAAUGUAUUCACAGAACAUAAUGAAGCGCUACUACAACUACGUCCAUUACCGCAUAUUCCAAAAUCUCAACUACAAACACGUGAUAUUGAUCUACAAUCCGAUGGAGUUUUGUCAAAUAUAUCGAAUUCAGGCACGGCCACCUUAAGUCAUAGUCAACAAAAUCUUGGUUUUGAGGUGGCAAAUCGUUGGACAUCGAAAGAGAAUUUAUUAGCUCCGGGGCCUGAAGAAGAUGAUCCACAAUUAUUUGUUGCUCUGUAUGAUUUUACAGCCGGUGGUGAAAAUCAGCUAAGCCUUAGGAAAGGUGAACAAGUGCGCAUACUGUCUUAUAAUAAAUCUGGUGAAUGGUGCGAAGCACACACCGAUUCCGGUUUAGUUGGUUGGGUGCCAUCGAACUAUGUAACGCCAGUGAAUUCAUUGGAAAAACAUUCAUGGUAUCAUGGACCAAUUUCACGAAAUGCGGCCGAAUAUUUGCUUAGCUCUGGUAUUAAUGGCAGCUUUUUGGUUAGAGAAAGUGAAAGUUCACCGGGUCAACGCAGCAUUAGCUUAAGAUUUGAAGGACGUGUCUAUCACUAUAGAAUAUCGGAGGAUACAGAUGGAAAAGUGUAUGUCACUGUCGAAGCAAAGUUCAAUACAUUAGCCGAACUAGUGCAUCAUCAUAGUGUAUUACAUGAGGGUCAUGGUUUAAUUACACCAUUAUUGUAUCCAGCACCAAAGCAAAAUAAACCGACUGUAUUCCCGUUGAGUCCAGAACCGGACGAAUGGGAAAUUUGCCGAACGGAUAUUGUAAUGAAGCAUAAAUUAGGUGGCGGUCAAUAUGGUGAGGUUUACGAAGCAAUUUGGAAACGAUAUGGCAACACUGUUGCUGUAAAAACACUCAAAGAAGAUACAAUGGCACUGAAAGACUUCCUUGAGGAGGCUGCCAUCAUGAAGGAAAUGAAACAUCCAAAUUUAGUACAACUUAUUGGGGUUUGCACCAGGGAACCACCUUUUUAUAUUAUAACCGAAUUUAUGAGUCAUGGAAAUUUGCUGGAUUUUCUGCGUUCAGCUGGUCGUGAUACACUUGACGCGGUAGCACUUUUGUAUAUGGCAACUCAAAUUGCCUCAGGCAUGAGCUAUCUUGAGAGUCGUAACUACAUUCAUCGUGAUUUAGCAGCUCGAAAUUGCCUAGUUGGCGAAAAUAAUUUAGUUAAAGUAGCCGAUUUUGGAUUGGCUCGUCUCAUGCGCGAUGAUACAUACACUGCACAUGCUGGUGCCAAAUUUCCAAUCAAAUGGACAGCACCAGAGGGAUUGGCAUACAAUAAGUUCAGUACAAAAUCCGAUGUAUGGGCUUUUGGUGUUCUUUUAUGGGAAAUAGCUACUUAUGGAAUGUCACCGUAUCCGGGCAUUGAUUUGACUGAUGUGUUUCAUAAAUUGGAAAGUGGCUAUCGCAUGGAACGGCCAAAUGGUUGUCCGCCUGAAGUAUACGAUUUGAUGAGACAAUGCUGGCAUUGGCAGGCACAAGAUCGUCCAACAUUCAAAAAUAUUCACCAUAUGCUUGAGCAUAUGUUUCAGGAAUCUUCAAUAACUGAAGCAGUUGAAAAACAAUUACAAGGAAAUUCGCAUACAAACUCAACACCAUUGAUGGGUAAAAAAGCUCAAAUGAGCGCACAUUCCGAAAAUAAGACAUCAUCAGAACCAGGAUCAGCCUCAUCAAAAUUAUCAACAUUCUCCACUGGUGGCAGUAAGGUUAAUGUGCAAAUGAGACGAACAACGAACAAGAAAGGUAAAACUGCACCAGCUCCACCAAAACGUACCAGUUUGUUAUCAACGAACCGUGAUUCAACAUAUCGUGACGAUGAUCCAAAAUCGAUUGACGACUUCAAUUCCAAUGGACUGACUAGAGAAAUAGCAGCAUUAAGUGGGGCACGUGGUGAUUCGGAGAACGAAACGGCUGAUAUAACACCUGACACAGACACCGAAAGUAUCGAUCACAUGCAUCGAAAUAUGCAGGGCUCAUUCAAACGAUCAACCCCAUUGAUGGGAAAUCGUAGUUUGGAAAGUCGCAAUAAUAAGCAUCAUUCACAAGCAAAGAAAGAACAUAUCUCGGCCCAACAAAAUUGCAACAGCAUGAAUAUGAUUGAUAAUUCACAGUGCAAACAACCAAUUACGGUUGGUGCAUUGGAAGUGCAAAAUGUAAAGCGUGCAAUCAAUCGUUAUGGCACACUACCAAAAGGUGCUCGAAUCGGUCAAUAUUUAGAAUCAUUAAAAUCAAAUGACGCUGAUACUUCCAUGGCAUCGGAUUUACCGCCACCUCCGCCAAUGAAUUCCAGUAGCUUGAAUUCAAAUGCUGCAAUGUCGCCUCGUUCAGCGAUGAAAACUCAACCGCAAAUGAUUCGAAGUAAUUCAUCUGGUGGUGUCAUAAUGACCAAUUCAAUCAAUUCGAAUUUCAGCAAACUACAGCGGCACCGAACCACAGCUGAUGGUGUGAUGAUAUCAUUUUCGUCGUUUCGCAGCACAAGCGGCAGUCCAAAGCGAUCAUUUAAUCCAUCGUUAGCCGAUUUGGAAUUUCCGCCACCGCCAUUAGAUCUACCGCCGCCACCCGAAGAAUCGAAUGGUGAUGGAAUGCAAAUUUCGCAAUCAACAAUAACAACGCUAUCAAACGAUGUGGCAACAACAGAACCAAGCGUGGAAGAAGCAAGCUCACGAUUCGGUGUAAGUCUACGUAAACGCGAAGCAUCAACUGAUUCAUGCAGUUCACUUGGCAGUCCAGCAGCCGGAGCUACCAAUGAAAUAAUCAACGAUAGUAUAGGAACAUCGGCAAUUGCAAAAAAUAAGGGAAAAUUGGAAACAAAACUUGUGGCUGAAAUCAAAGAAAGAAACGAACAAUAUCAACGAAAACCAAUUGGAGAUGUGCCAAAUACUAAUAACUACCAUUGCAAUAGCAAUAACAAUAAUAAUAGCGUAACCAAAUCAAACGAUCAUGUAUUACAAUUGGUAAAUGAAUUAGCUGAAACAAUGAAUUUACCAAAAACAAUGGGUGAUUCAAGUGCGGCCAAUAAUUUUAAAGCUCAAUUGAAAAAAGUCGAUUCGAAUAAAAAGUCACAUAAGACAACGGCAGCAACCGGAUCCACAUCAUCGGUGUCAGAUAGUUCGAAUGCUGUACCGUUUGAUUUUAAAUCAAGACUGCGAAAAGUUGAGAAUAACAAUGAUAACGAAUCGAUGGAAACCACAUCCGAUUAUCGUAAAAUGCUCGACAAUGAUAAUACAGAAAUACGUGGCACCGUUUCGAAAAAAUCAAUUUCAAAACGGAAUUGUGAUCGAAUCGGUGGAACAAAUAAUGAUCUAGAAUGUGUGUUGAAUAAUGGUAAAAAAACAACAGCACACAAUGAACCGAAAGUGAUUGAUGGAAAAAAGACUGACUUUAAAACGGACCUUUCUGAUAAGGAUAACAAAGAUAAACGAGACGGAGAUUCCAAAAAUAAUACAACGACCAAUGAAGAUGAGGACAAACGUCGAAGUACCGGUAGCAUAAGCAGCUUGAAAAAAUUAUGGGAAACGAAAGAAAUGUCAAAUAGUGAAUUGUCACAGAUACAACUUAGCCCAAAGUUGGCAACAAAAUCAACAUUGAGCAAUAAUCAUAAGGGCAACAAUGAUGAAGAAUUUGAUGCAUUGAGUGCAAAUAAAAAGCCGGCCGUUCCAACAAAACCAACGAAAUUGGUUAGCAUCUAUGCGACACCAAUUCAAGUGAAAUUGCACACUGAUUCGGCCACAUCACCAUCAUCUUCCACAUCGAUUACGGCUAUGUCAAACAAUAGUACAACACAAGUGAGCCGGGAAGCGAUUUUAGAUCUUAUUCAAAUAUUGGAAGGCACAUUGAAAACGCCAAUCAAUUCAAUUUCAGCAUCGCAAUGGCUUCAAUUAAGCGAUAAACUUAACAUUUUACAAACAUCGUGUGUAACAUUUGCUGAUAAGACUUCAAUGGCACCACAUUCAAAGUUUCAAUUUCGUGAAUUGGUGUCACGCGUUGAGAAUCAAUCGCGUAGCCUACGAUCGGCCGGCAGCAAAAACACACAGGACAAUGAAAAAUUGGUGUUCGAAGUUGGGCAGUCAUUAAAGCAAAUAUCAAACGCUCUGCAUCGAUAAAUUCAUUGGUUCUGUUUCUUUAUCAGCACAUCAUUAAAGAUUUAAUUUAAAAACAAAACACAUUUCUUACGGAACCAAUGUGCAACCAUGUUUGCUCAAUAUAUACAUGAACACACUUUUGGAAGCUAUAUUUUUCAUGAUUGAUUUUUUUUUAAUUUUGACUAAAAUUCAGUAGUUUUCACAAGAAACAAAAUGCAAAAAUAAUUUUAUGUAACCAUUAAUGACAAUUUAAUAAGUAUUUAUAACAUUGUGAUCUGCAUGCUCUUCUACUAAAAACAAAAUGAAACCAAUAACAAACACUCGAAGAAGAAACUGACGAAAAUGAUUCGUGUCCAAUGCUGAUUUAUAGCUCAAUGAACCGAACAAAAAGAAAAUUACGUUGAUAUUUACAAACAAACAAAAUGUGUGCUCCAAAAACAAAUGAUCAAAGUUUAUAUGGUUUAUUUAUAUAGUGAAUUCCCAAAAUUAAAAUACGAUUCGCGAUGAUUUAACAAACAAAGUGAAGCAGAAAUAUAAACAUAACAUUGAAGCUCACAUCAUUCUAGUCUUUCAUAGUAUCAAAGGGAAUUGACAACAUUCUCGUUUAACAUAUAUAGAUAGAGGGAGGAGGGAGAAAGAGAGAGAGAGAGAAAACGAAUUCUCCAGCCAAGUAGUUUGUGAUGGUCAUUGAUUCAUAAUAAUAACAUUUUAUUAGUUGUACGUAUUCAUCAUGAAUCAAAUGAUUUUAACGAUCGUAGUUUCUAUUUUUGAUUGAACUUUCGUUGUACACAAUUCUCCGUGCUGUUGUAUUUAAAAGUGUCCGAAAGCAUUUGGCAUGCACUAAAACUUUGCAUACAAAUUGCAAACCGAUGCUUUUGAUGCGCAGCUCAAUGUUGUACGAAACAAUGUUCCAAUUUGUUAUCGGCAAAAUCAAAUUAUUUGGAUGAAGAAAAUGUAAAAAUAUUCACGUGACAAGCUAAGAGAAAAAAAAACUUGAGUCAAAUUACAACUGGAGUCAUGAUUUAUUUUUUGUUCCAUUGUUCUUCUGCGAAUAUGGCUCCUAAAUCAUUUUGGAAUCGCAUUACUCUUUUCGUCCAUAUUCACUGUUUUAUAACCAGUUUUGGCAGAAAUUCAUGUUGCUUGCUGUUUUUUAUGACCACAGUUGUAAUAUGAUUUCUUUUAUAUGCAGCCUGCCAACGCACGAAUUGUAUUUAUUAUUAUUUUUUUAUACUCACAUAGCAAUUUUUUUAGUAUAAUUUUUAAACCAUUUAAAUUAUAUAUAUAUUCGUCGAAUCAAAACAAGAGUAAAACAAAAGUGAAUUAAUAAAUGCAGAUGAACAUAAAAUAAUUUACAAUCAAACAAAAUGAAAUAAUAGUUAAUGAUAUCUUGAACCUUGUGUGCUCAUAGAAGUUUUUAAGUCUGUCGUAUAUUUUCUUUUCCAAGUAUUAACAUAUUUAAAAAGUUGCAUCUCCGCCGAUCGGUUUCUCCAUUUUCCAUAUAUACAUAUAUAUUUUUCUUUUAAAUUUUGAAUUAUUAAGUUGUAAAUGAUAAUUUUAUUUAAAAUUUAAAAAAAUCCGGAAUCAAAUCAAUCCAAUACAUACUCAAAGUCCAAAGAUUCCAUCCCCAUAUACAAAACUGAAUCAAUAAAGACACACAAAAAUACCGAAAUAAAAAAAGAACAACAAUAGUAGAAGAAAAAAGAAAAUAAAAAGCCAACCAAUCUCUAGUUAUCAUAAGAUAUUUGCUUAACGAGGAUGCAUCUGUAUUAUUAAACUUAAGCGCUUAUGCCAAAUAUUUCAAAAUUGGUAUACAUAUUUUAAUACAUUAAUUAUUAAUACGUAAAAAAAUCAUAUUUGUAAUUGUCAGUAUUGUCGCAUCUUUCGAAUAAAUUCAUUGAACACAUGCAACAGAAAAAUGUGAGAAAAAAACACUUAAAUUCUAGUAAAACACCCAAAGUUAAUUGACGCAAAAAAAAUCCCUUAAAUUUGCUUAAAUUUCAUAAAUUACAGACACGCAUGAGCUAAUUUUACAAAGUUUUCUGCAAACUCUUCUAUAAUUACAUAGAAAAAAGAAUGCAAUUUUUAUAGAAUCUUCAAAAUUAAAUUUUCACAAUAACAUGUGUUAGGUUAGUUUUGAGACUAAAUUCAGACGUCCUCCAUUUGAACAACAAAUAUAAAAUAUUAAAUUCCUUUUUAUUGGUAUAAACCUAUAUUCAUAGGCUAUCGAAUAGCACAUUCUGCGUCAAACCUUCAAAAUCAUGGUCUGGACAACUGAUUUGUCGAUUUCUUUCAACUUUCUCUCGAAUCUUCCAACCAGUUGUUGCUCGUUUCAAGUAUUUUGGAUCUUCGCCUAUAACAUGCAUCCAAAAACAGACUAGAAAUAAUUAAUUUAGUGUUUUUUUGUGAAGUUAAACAGAUGGUGCUUUUUUCUUGGAAAUGCUACUCCUUAAGAAGUGGAGGUUUUACCGUACGUUACAGCACUAAAUUUUCGUCAACCUUUCAAAGAAGAUCCCACCAUACAAACACCCGUUUAUCAAAGUUCGGUUCAACGACGUCUCUAGCCUUAUAUAGUAGUGCCCUAAACCACUAUAUAGCAAAAGAAACCACUUGCACUUGAUUCGUGGCUCAAUUUGGGGAUGAAUGUUUCACCGUCCAAAAUCAUGAAUUUUUCAGUGUAACAUGCGGUACGUGAAGUAAACACACAAUUUUUGACGACCUUUGGAAUUUUUCCGUAACUUAUUUUGCUGAUGAUCGUGUUCAAAUUUGGAUGUACUGUAACCAUAAGAAUCACCAAAAAUGAAUUUUUGCUUGACCAACCCGGUUUUCGGUUCUUGAUGACAAUUUCGAAAGGUUUGAGCACACAGAUUGGGAAUACGACCGUACUUUUUGCUUUCUCCAGAAUCUUCAUAUUCAUAAUAAGUCCAUGAAACACGAUACAUGGUUCGAAGAAAGAUUGGUUCAUCUUUAGACACAUGCAGAAUUUGUUUUGAACUUAGCUGUCUAAAACCAUUUGAGACACUUUUUCGUAAAUCCAAUUUGUACGUCAUCACGAAUGAAAAUUUUUGUGCAAAUUGUAUUUGACAGUAGAGUAGGAGUCCCGUUAAGUCUCCUAUGUGCUUUGGUUGAUAGUUUUGAUUUUGUUUAUGUAGCGCAAUACACGCCUGAAUUUAGUCUCAAAACUAAACUAACACGUGUUAUAUUUUCUUCUCGCUAGCAAUGCAUAGUAGUGUCUUUCUGUCUCGACAUGCUUAUCCUUCAUCAUUCGAUUAUAAAAAAAUAUUUUCACAUUCAUCCCUCUAAAAGAAAAUCAUUUUUUUUAAAUCAAAAUGGAUGGACUAAUGAAAUACCGAAAAAAAUGAGUAUGCAGAUAUUAUCCAAAAUGCGAUGUUCAAUUGAAUUUGAAAGUCUGAUCAACGAAAAAUAUCCAACCAUUUUUUUGGUUUUUUAAAGGUGAAGAAAAACAAAAAAACAAAUGUGUCUUUUUAAUGAACAUGCUCGUUUUCGAAAGCGAUCUCUUUGAACCAAAUUAUCAGUAUGAAUAUAUAAGACAAAGGAAAAUUCAAUGAAAUUUGUACUUUUACCUCCUACAGAUAACAAGAUUGAAACGAAAUGAUACUGUGGAUGAGAGGAAGAGAGAUAAAGAUAUUAUUGUAUGAAAGUGAAUAAAAGAAAAGGAUCAAUUCCAUCGGAA